UGACAAGAUAAUUUCUUGCAUGGAGAUUGAACGCAAUUUCGUUUUGUGAUUUAGAAAAGAGUGAAUUUUUCUCGAUUAGAUCGAUUAGUUUAUCUACAUUUAUUUUGUGUAAACUAGUAUUUUAUAAAAAAAAAAAGAAAAAAACACUGAGAAAUUUGUAGUAUUGCCCUACAUUUAACUAGGUUCGCGGCAUUUUUAAAGUUUCAUUACGCCUUGUAUCAUUCUUUUGUUUGUUAAGAUUAAAUUGGAAAACGCCGACAUAUGAGGAGUAUUUUCUUAUUAAAGUGAAAAAAACUUGUUUUCCCGCAACAAUGGGUCGCCGAUGUUGCGUCACAGGUUGCAGUUCGACUUCACGUUUGCCAGAACAUCAUGGAGUCACCUAUCAUUCAUUUCCUUUGGAUACGAAUAUACGUUCUAUUUGGAUGCGCAAUACCCGACUUAGCCCAGAGCGACAAAUAACUAAAAGUGUGCUUGUCUGCUCGAGACACUUUCGUCGUAUAGACUUUCAACCGCAACGUAGUGGAAAGUAUUUACUAAAGCAGAGAGUGUUUCCUACUGUAUUUCCAUGGGGGAAGGUAGAUAUUGCACAAGUUGAGUCUGAUUUAGAAGAUCUUAAGAACAAUAGCAUGAGUGCAGCCAGUAAUGUUAAUCUGUCAACAGAAGAUGCUACAAAGGCAACAGUGGAAGCAAAAGUCGCACAAAUAAUGGCUGAAACGGCAGAACGCAGUGCAGCCAAAGCAAUCGCUAAUGUAGGUAAAGAAGACGAUGGCUCGGCCUCUCCAGCACUUGCCGCGGUUUCGGCAUCUCCGGCUGCAGUUAAAUUUGAAGCUGUUACCUCAUUUAAUCCAGGUGCAAGGCUUGAAGCACAAGAUUUCGAUGGAAUAUGGCAUGCAGCUCGUGUAGUUGAAGUGGAUAAUGACGAUCGAGAAGUGCUAAUAAAAUUCGAACGUUCGGGAAAGAUGAAAUCUGCUAUUGUAGGUACAGAGGAGUGGAUUCCCAUGAACUCAACACGUUUACGACAAAAAGUAUCGACAAAACCAAUACCUGUUUUCGAAUUGGAAGAAAAAUGUAUGGCGCGAUGGUCGGGACCCAGAAAGUUUCCAGGUACAAUAAAAAAAGUUCUUGGAAAUGAUACAUACGAAGUUCUUUUUGACGAUGGUUAUGUAAAGAACGUAAGAGCGGUUCACAUGAAUAAAAUACUUUCUGUGGAACCAGAUCUACACUCCAUGUUAGCAUCUCCAACGCUUCCAACCACUUUCAUAUCGCAAUCAACGACAACAAAUUUGCAGGAAGAAACAUCUGUAAAACCACCUAAUAUUGAAUAUCCAUUAUCAACGGCUACAAAUUCUACAAAUGUUAAAAAACGUUCAUCAUCUGGUUCCCGUAAGGAUUGGCCUUUGCUUGAUCUGUCAAAAUUGGAUUUAUCUUCACUUAAUUUACCGGAAAUUCCACAUGAUGGCGAAUGGACCUGUCAUUGGGUUAACGAUCAGCCAAUAGGGCAAGAAGGAUUCCUUAUUGUUGGCGAACAUCGAAAACCCACAGUUAUCGUAGAGGAUUGGCGUUUGCCACCUGGUUGGGUCAAACAUAUGUAUCAGCGCUCCAAUGUGUUAGGUAAAUGGGAUGUCAUUUUGGUGACACCAGGCGGAAAACGUUUUCGUUCUAAAUCUGACUUGAAAGUCUUUCUGGAGGAGCAAGGACAGGCUUACAAUCCAGAUAUAUACGACUUUAGCAUACAUCGUCGUCGUGCAAAGGACAUUAAUGCAUAUGUAUAUACACCUGAUUAUACUCCCCAACAAACGCCAAAACCAAAACCACUCGAUACAACCAUUGCUGCUAUGGAUGCAGCUAGUGUGAAAGCAGCGACCACUGCUCUUGCAGUUAGCACUACUCAAUACAUAGAAACUCCCAUAGCUACUCCGGUACCGCCAGCGGAACUUAUGACACCUACACUAUCAGCGAGCUCACCAACUAAGGAUAUUGCAGUGGAAGUUAUUGGCAAUAUUGAUAAUGCAGACGCCGUAUCAUCCCGCUCUUUGGAAACGGCUUUACCAGUUGAAGACGGUUACGCUUAUAUCGGUGGUCUUAAGGUGCAAAUAAUCGAAAAUCUUUUCCGAUGUCCCCAGGAAGGUUGUAUGAAAAAUUUCCGAAAAGAGGAUCAUUUACAGAUUCAUAUAAAACACUAUCACCGCGACUUAACCAAACUUCUAGGCACAUGUCCAAAGAUGCUUGAGUUGGCAGAAAAACGUACACACACCAAACCGGACCAACAUGAACCGGUUCCACGUAAUCAAAUACCAAAUCAGCAAUUUUUCGCAAAAUUGCAUCAACAAGAUUUACUGCAAACCCGAGCUCAUAGGCGUAGCGCAGGUCCUACUACUUCAGCAACCACUGCGGGUAUUGCCCAAACUGCCUUACCUACACCAGAUAUAAAAUCAGAAAUUGAAAAUAAAAAUAUUGGAGAUGCAGACGCAGAUACUUCGCAAAUAUCUGUGGGAUUCAAUGAUACUUCAAUUAAUAGCUCAACUCAAUUUAGUCAGCAUAAUUCAAAUCUGGAUGUAAAUCUGAGUGCUAUCUCAUCUGUUGAUGAAUCUUUAACUGAUAUGUCGGCCACCCCAGCCAAACGUUCGCGUAUUUCUCCCAGUAAACGUGCUACUGGUGCACGCAAAAGUAACCGUCAACGCACCACGAAGCGAUAUUUGACUGCCGCACAAGCUACAGCUGGUGCAUCAUUGAUAUCUGUAGUAACAGCUGAGAACAACUUUGGUGUAUCUGAUUUCGAAGAAACACGACACUCGUUUAAUGCAACUCCAGAUGCUAAAGUGCUUGAAGUUGGAAAGAAGCGUAAAUCGUCUGCCGCACCAGUGACAUCAAUGAGUAGUCUCGAUUCGCCUGUAACUGCUGAUUCAGGCUCGUCAUCGUAUCCACCAUUACUAGCGCCAGGAUCUAAUGAUCCCGAUGCCAUGAAUGCGGGAAAUGUUAGCCAACCUCAAUAUAUAAAAGAAAAUGGUGAAUUAAUCAAGAUUGUAAGCAUGCGUCAGGAGGAAAUCAUAAAUUGCCUGUGUUCAUAUGGCGAGGAAGAUGGAUUAAUGAUCCAAUGUGAAUUGUGUUUAUGCUGGCAACAUGGCAUUUGUAAUGGCAUCGAUAAAGAGGUGGACGUGCCUGAGAAGUAUGUAUGUUACAUUUGCCGUAAUCCACAACGUGGGCGAGAUUCAAUGCGUUUUAAACAUGACCAAGAUUGGCUAUACGAUGGGAAAUUACCAGUGGCAAAUUAUCACAUUGCCAACCCUAAUUUACCAAAGCGUUUUGAUUUUCUAAAAAAAUCACAUAUUCUUACUGGAAAUUUAGUUGAGCUAAAAAGAUUUAUGCAUUCAUUGCGUGUUAAAAUGAAUAUUGCCAAUAAUCGUUGUCAUCCCAAAUUGUACUUGUGGGCUAAAAAAUGGGAAGAUGACACGGCUUUACAAAAUAUAAAAGCAGAUUUAAAAUCUGAUGAAGAUAUUAAGAUUGAAGACACACAUAAUGAAAUCAAAGAAUUAGAAUCGAAGGAUAAAGCUUCACCAGCACCAUCGCCGACGAAGAAAAUUAAGUCGGAACCUUCCACGCCAUCCCAACUAAUACCAAAUAUACCACAACCAGAAGCGCCCAUUGACCCAGUAGAAUGUCAGCAUCGUUUAAUGGAACACAUUAAGAUACAACAGAAUUUAGUACUGAAACGUUUAGAUGACAUUGAAAAUGAAAUGGAUGAACUUGAAAGUCAGGAUGAUUUAUUCGAUUUAAAAGAAGAUGACUUUAAGACCACUAAAGAUGUACUGGCGACUUUCAUCAAAGAAUUAGAUACUAUGAAACAACUUGCUAAACUUAAUUCUUUAGAGCAUACAAAACAAUCCAUAAAAAAUUCCACUAUUACCGCUAAAUAACUUUUUGUGGAACAAAUACGUCCGGUUUCAAAAAUAGUUUUAACCCAUGAUUUUACUUUCGCUAAUUUUUUUUUAUAAUUACCAAAGUCUCUUUCGGCUUUAACCUUUUAUUGGCUUGCAAAUGCGUAGCGUUUGAUGUUUGAUUAUGCAAAUGACUUAAUUCAUGUAAGAGUUUGUUUGUAUUAAUUUGAUUAGUUGAAUAAAUUUCUUCUUACUUUUCGUUUGUUGUUUGCAUAUAAAAAUAAAUGUAGCAGUUAAUGUGGCUCAAUCACCGAUA